AACACGAACCCCUAAUGCUCGGCCCUAAAGCAAUGGAGAAAUCCGACGCCCCCUUCGCCGCUCCGGUCGAUCCCAAACAUCGCCUGCGCCGUCGCCGCCGCCGCAUCUGUUGCAUCGUCUGCCUUCUAGUCCUCGUCCUCCUAGCGGUCGCCGCCACCGCCCUCGCCCUCACCAUCUUCAAAGUCCGCGACCCCUCGACGGACCUCGUCUCCGUCCGCCUCCUCGGCGUCUCCCCCCGCAUCUCCUUCCCCGUCGUCGCCGUCGAGAUCAACAUCACCCUCGACCUCGCCGUCCGCGUCCACAACCCCAACUACGCCGCCUUCGCCCACGGCGACGACGGCCACACCCGCCUCUUCUACCGCGGCGCCGAGAUCGGCGACGCCGCGGUGGCGGCCGGCCGGAUCCCGGCCCGCGGGUCGGAGACGAUUCACCUCCUUACCGCGCUGGAGGUCGAUCGGAUCAUGACGGACCUCGGCCCGCUCUUCCAGGACAUCAUCGCCGGCGCCGUGGCGAUCGACGCCGUGGCAAGGCUACCGGGUCGGGUCACCGUCUUCGGGUUCGUGAGGCUCCACGCGGUGGCCACAUCCAGAUGCCACGUGGUGCUAGCGGUGGCCAACCUCACCGUGAUCAGCCAGGAAUGCACGCACAGCACCAGGCUGUAGGUUCACCGUGGCGGUGAGCGGACCGCGAGCCCGUCGGCGUCACAGUCCCAGAUCCCACUCACGGGUUUGUGCCUUUAUUCGUGUCUUUAUUUAGAAUACACCUCUAAAAUACUCUCUCCGCUUGACUUGGUCUUGUCAUAUAGAAUCUUUAUUUAUUAGAAUAAUAAUCUACUUCUUCUAAUAAAAUAUAUAUAUUAAUAACCAAAA